UGCGGACUCGGCGUAGGGGUUGGCGCCGGUUCGGGUCUUGCGGUCGCGGGCUUACGCCGAGUGCGCCCAGCCCGCCCUGUCCGCGGCGCCUCGCCCCGGUGCGCCGCCGCGGCCCAUGGGGAGAGUCGGCCGGGCGGGCCGGCAUUAAACUGGAAAGAUGUCCCUGUACGAUGACCUGGGAGUGGAGACCAGUGAUUCAAAAACGGAAGGCUGGUCCAAAAACUUCAAACUUCUGCAGUCCCAGCUUCAGGUCAAGAAGGCAGCGCUGACGCAGGCCAAGAGCCAGAGAACGAAACAGAGUACAGUACUCGCCCCAGUUAUCGACCUAAAGCGAGGUGGCUCUUCAGACGACCGGCAGAUCGUGGAUACCCCCCCACACGUCGCAGCUGGCCUGAAGGAUCCUGUUCCCAGUGGAUUUUCUGCAGGAGAAGUUUUGAUUCCUUUAGCUGAUGAAUAUGAUCCCAUGUUUCCUAAUGAUUAUGAGAAAGUAGUGAAACGCCAAAGAGAGGAACGACAGAGACAGCGGGAGCUGGAAAGACAAAAAGAAAUAGAAGAGAGAGAAAAGAGGCGUAAGGACAGACAUGAAGCUAGUGGGUUUUCGAGGCGACCAGAUCCAGAUUCUGAUGAAGAUGAAGAUUAUGAGCGAGAGAGGCGGAAAAGAAGUAUGGGCGGAGCUGCCAUUGCGCCACCCACUUCUCUGGUAGAGAAGGACAAAGAGUUACCCCGAGAUUUCCCUUACGAAGAGGAUUCAAGACCUCGCUCCCAGUCUUCCAAAGCUGCUAUCCCUCCUCCCGUGUAUGAGGAACAAGACAGACCCCGAUCUCCCACCGGACCUGGCAACUCCUUCCUUGCCAACAUGGGUGGCACAGUAGCACAUAAAAUCAUGCAGAAGUAUGGCUUCCGGGAAGGCCAGGGUCUUGGGAAGCACGAGCAGGGACUGAGCACGGCACUGUCAGUGGAGAAGACAAGCAAGCGAGGAGGCAAGAUCAUUGUGGGUGACGCCACAGAGAAAGAUGCAUCCAAGAAGUCAGAUUCAAAUCCAUUAACUGAAAUACUUAAGUGUCCUACCAAAGUGGUCCUCCUAAGGAACAUGGUUGGUGCAGGAGAGGUAGAUGAAGACUUGGAAGCGGAAACCAAGGAAGAGUGUGAAAAAUAUGGCAAAGUUGGAAAAUGUGUGAUAUUUGAAAUUCCUGGUGCCCCUGAUGAUGAAGCAGUACGAAUAUUUUUAGAAUUUGAGAGGGUUGAAUCAGCAAUUAAAGCUGUUGUUGAUCUGAAUGGGAGGUAUUUUGGUGGACGGGUGGUAAAAGCAUGUUUCUACAAUUUGGAUAAGUUCAGGGUCUUGGAUUUGGCGGAGCAAGUCUGAUUUUAAGAACUAGAGCACGAGUCAUCUCCAAUGAUCCUUAAAUGAGCUGCAGGCUGAGCAGAGAAAGAAAAGGCGUCAGCCGGCCUGGGUGGCUGCUGCAUACAGAGACUCUUGGAAGGACUUCUAAGAUACAUGUCGAUUGAACCCUUUUUUAUUUUGUGGUUUUUUAAAUAUAGUAUAAAAAUCCUUUAAAAAAAAAAAAAACAGUCUGUGUGCCUCUCUGGUUGUUUUCUCUUUUUUUAUUACCACUUCUGAGGUGACUACAUUUUUUGCUAGGAUUUCAUGAGAACUCUCAAAUGCUUCAGUGAUACAGCAUUUCUUGCACUAAAAAAUCUAGAAAGUUUUGGGAUAUGGGGUUGUAUUGUCAUCCUUUGCUUUUCUUUCAUUUUUUGAUGCAUUUUAAUAAAACCUGCAAGUUAUUAAACUGUAGCUUCAUAAAUUCUAUAAUAAAGCAUCAUCUUGGCAGUCUGCCAAAGGUGAAAAUGUUUGCUUUCUCUAA